UGAAAAUUGUCAAUUGUAUAAUCGAGCACGCCUUUUUAGUCACAUAAAUUCGCGACUUAUUGCCUUCAAUUUCACAAUAUUACAUAAGGUAAAAAUCUUUACUGUUAUCAUGUGCAGCAUUCUGGAAGAUGAAAUUCCAUUGGCAAAAGAGAGGAAAUUAAACAUUCUUGAUAGAAAAUGCAUGAAGUGCAAAGAGGAGCCAGCCAUUCUUAUAACAAGGGUGAAUGAUGCUUUCUGCAGAGGAUGUUUCCAAGUAUAUGUGACCCACAAGUUCCGUGCCGCUAUUGGCAAGACCAAACUGGUGCGGGAUGGAGAGAAAGUCUUGGUGGGGAUAUCUGGCGGGCCCUCCUCCUGUGCCCUUCUGCAUCUGAUACAGGAGGGAUUAAGUCAGCGAGCUCACAAGAAACUAAGGUUCAAGCCUGGACUCAUUUUUAUCGAUGAGGGCCAGGUGGUUGGACAGAGUCUGGAGGAGCACAAGGUCACCCUGACCCGGAUACAUUCCCUGCUGCGCCAGUCGGGGUUCCCAUAUCACUUGUGCCAGCUAGCGGAUUCUCUGGACUUGGAACGGGUGAAGACCCUGAAUGCCUGUCAAAGCAACCAUUCAGCAGUUAAUAAAAUCAACCAAUCUGCAAUGGACAUAAAUACAUGCAGCAAUCCUGUAGAGGGGGACAAAGGAGACGUUGAAAUCUCAGGACAGGACGAAAACUGCUGUGAUUUGAUAGAGAUGAACAGAGAGGCAGAGAAGCUUUUUGCUGCACAGCUUGGAUCCAUCAGGUCCAUAUCUGGCAAGGAGGACUUUGUAAGAGCCUUGAGGCACAGACUUCUACUGGAGUUUGCUAGGCAACAUGGCUACUCCAAGGUCAUGUUGGGUAACACAGGCUCUCAGCUGGCUGUACGUCUGCUCACGGACAUCUCCACCGGCAGAGGAAUGCAGGCUGCCUUGGAAACGGCCUUUGCUGACAGAAGAAACACAGACAUGAUGUUCUUAAGACCACUGCGGGAUUUCAGCUCCAAGGAGAUUGCUAUGUACAAUAACCUGCACAGAUUGGAGUGUGUAUUCAUACCCUCUCUAACAACUAUGGGAGACGUUGGUGCCAGUAUUGAGCAUCUGACAGAGGCGUUUGUAACAGGACUGCAGGCUGAAUACCCAUCCACUGUCAGCAACAUCAUGAGAACUGGAGAAAAGCUGGACUCAUCUAGUGCUGUGGAUUUAGAAAGUCACUGUGCACUAUGUCAGGGACCUCUGGACACAGAUGUUGGCAUGUCUUCUGCACUGGCUGCCCUUCGGUUCUCACUAGAAAUCUCUACAAUGGGUAAAACCAAUGGCGAACGGUGUAUCAAGGGGGACAACUCUGUGAAUAAUACAAAUGAUGAACUUUGUAGUAACGGGGUUAACUAUGAUGCCAAAGUGGAAUGUUGUGGAAAGAGUGAUGGGAGUUGUCGUUCCUCAACUCAACUUUCAGUGCCAGACGAGGGAUUGGUGUUACAGACUCUGUGCUAUGGAUGCAGAAUAGUUGCCAUGGAAAUGGAUGAUGUAAACUCCCUGCCUGAAUUUGUGAUGAAAGAUGUUGCCUGGAGAAACAGACGGUCUGUUAUGAAGGCUGAGAUUCAAGACUUCCUACUGGAUGACAGAUAGCAAGAACUUUUUAAAGAAUUAUAUUUUAUAACUACAUUAAUACCGUUAUACUAUUAAAUUACAAAGGUGCAGGGAAAUAUAUGAAAAAUAAGAACUUUAAAAAACACACUUUACCUAGCUUCUCCUCAUGGCAUGUGAGUUAUUAAAACGCAUGCCUGUUGGUCAUGAUUAUUAUUAGCGGGGCUGUUUUCGGAGAAAACCCGAGGUAUUGUCAUAGCCUACUCGUCGUCCGCCGCCCGGCGUCGUGCUAAAACCUUUAUAUUGGCUCUAAACUCAAAGUGCUUCCACCUACAACUUUGAAACUUCAUAUGUAGAUGUACUUGAUGAUUUCUACACGCCACACCCAUUUUGGGUCACUAGGUCAAAGGUCAAGGUCACUGUGACCUCUAAAAAAAAUAAAAAAAUCUGACAAGCUUUCGCAGCUGAGCGUGGCCCCCAUUAUGCGGUGCUCUUGUUAUCAUUAUACUACAAAUAGAUCGGGAUUGUGUAAAAUUACUUAAGUAUGAAACUCUUAGUAAGUGUAAGUUCUUUUCCAUAAUGAAUUUUUAAAUUCAACUACAAACUGUCUGUAUUUACAUUUUAAUCGCAAUGCAUGUAUUGUGAUAUUUUUAACAAUAAAACAUGUUAAAUAAAGUUCAUUGAAAGCAUA